GGCGUUUUAUUUAGCCAUGUUGGCACAACCGUUUGUUUGUGAGUGGUUGCCCUUAGAAACGCAAAUAAAAACAAUUCAACAAUAAUGUUGAACACGUUCCGGGCGCGGAAUAAUUGCGAACAGGAGGCUAAAUUCGUCCAAGACCGUAUUGUCUCAGUCGAGCGAACAAUCGGUGAAUUAUGCCACGUUUUCGGGCAGUAUUCCCGGAAAGCGGCCCGUCUGAGAGACAAAGGGGACGAAAUUGCCAAAGUCACGCUCGAACACGCUGAAGCGGAACAACUAAACCGAUCUCUAAGCCUAGCUUUGGAGAAUUUUGCCGACUGUAUCUCGCUUUUGAGUUCUUACGGCGACCUCAGAGUCCAGAAUUUGGACAGUAAAGUGAUUAAAGAGUUUGCACGCUAUGAGGACAUUUGUAAACAUGCCAAAGACGAAGUUAAGCAAAUUUACAACGCUAGGGAGAAAGAAAUUGCGAGGAAAAGACAGCUGGAUCGGAUUAAAGAACGCAAUCCGAGGAAUAGGCAACAAAUUAUCCAAGCUGAGACCGAGUUAGUAAAGGCGAGUGCCGAGUUUUCGAAGACUUUGCGUAACUUGGAGGAAAAAAGCACGGAGUUUGAGAGACAAAAACUGCACGAUGUUAAGUCGAUUUUGCUCGACUUUGUUGCGAUAGAAAUGGGGUACCACGCCCGGGCUCUGGAGGUCUUGACCAAUGCCUACAAAGCUGUGAAUUCGAUGGACGAAGAGGCCGACUUACAGGACUUUCAAAAAACUAGUGGAAAGGUGGAGGCGGAGUUUAAAAAGUCGCUGCGGCGCCCGGACAGUUCACGCAACGUGGGUUCGCGCAGUCUUUUUCGCUCUAGCAAUUCGCUGGGUUCCCUCAAGGGUCUUUUUACCCCCAAUAACAAAAAACCAGAGGGGAUUCCCAGAAAAGCGUCCAAAAGUGAGGAAACGCUCGACUCCAUGAAACGGAGCAUUUCCGACACUGAGGACAGCCUCAGCGACAGUGCGAACGUCUCUGAGAAUGUUUCCGACACUGAGGAGCCCUCGUCCCCCAUCAGACCGCGGAAGCCGCGCAAAUGAAACAUUCGCAUGCUUAGUUCUAAUUUAUUAAUAAAACGGUUCAAUGGUACAUUAAUUAAUUUAGGACUUAAACAACUAUCAAUUCA